AUGAACAUUAAUAUCACGCCGGCUUUGAGGGAUCCCAUUUACCGCACUCUGGCGAAAGUCGGCGGCAUUGAUACAGAGGAAAUCCGCUACCCCUUGCGCAGCUACAAAUGCAUUGGGCACCUCUUUGCGCGCACCCUCAAGGACAGAGAAAGAGAGAUCGAGGACAUCGGCACUCAGUCGCUCGUAAGUCUUCCAAUAGCGCAGAAGGCACCAAAACGUUGUGUUUGA